AACAAGGGCCUGGUAUAAUAUUGUGUUUUUUUAAUUUUUUUCCUCUCAUUUCAGAACAAGUCUGAUUCCAUCGAAAAAGAAAGAAAAAAUGCACUUCAACAGCUAUUAAACCUUGACACACCAAWGAUUGUGGAMUUGGAAAGGUGGAAUGUUGUAACAGCUUUGCUGAAGAUGUAUUGUAAUGACAAUAUGCUGGAUUGUGUUCUGCAGUUCAAUUUCAAAGGUGAACUGGGAUUUGAUCAUGGUGGUCUGAGCAGGGAAGUUUACUCACUGUUUUGGAAACAAGGUUCUACUAGGUUCUUUGAAGGCAGUGAUUAUUCUYUUAUUCCAAGACACAGUGGAAUCUCAAAAGAAGAUCUAGUCGUGAUCGGAAAAGUAAUUCACCAUUCUUUUAUACUCACUGGCAUGUUCCCUGUAUGCAUCAACAGAGCAUACAUCCAGGCCAUGCUACUUGGCGAAGAGGAGGUAUCUGAAGAUCUCUUAUUAAAUAGUUACAUGGAGUAUCUUGGCUCUUAUGAGGGAGGCAGGUUAGCAGAAAUAUUGAGUUCCUCAAGUCUGGAUAAUGAAGACAAACAAUUUAUCAUUGACUUGGAAGACAGAGUAGGGUUGCAAAUAAAUCCUGAUACACCAACAACAGCAAGAAAGAUUGUACUCGAGCUCGCAAAUAAUGAGUUAUUACAGCUCCCAUUGCACACUAUGUCCAAGGUUAAGUCAGGAAUGAUGGCGUGCCAGCAAGGAAAAAACAUUUGGCAGAAUAUUUCUGAACAAGACAUCGAUGGAAUUUAUGGCAGGCAAGCUCCAGAACCAAGUAAGGUAGCAUCAUUGGUCAUCACAAGACAGGAGGAGCUGACUAAAGAAGAAGCAAAAAUCUUCAGUUACUWGAAGCGAUAUAUCAACUCGGCUGACAAGAAAAGAUGCGAAGAGUUUCUAAGAUACUGCACAGCAAGCAGCACCAUCGUGGUAGACGAAAUCAAAGUAGCCUUUUUCAAACCGUCUUCCCUUCAACCUCUUCCAAGAGCUCACACAUGUGGAGCUGUGCUUGAAUUGCCRUCAUCAGRCUAUUCUUCGUACAAUCUUUUCAAGAAUACGAUGGAUUCUCUUCUCGAGAAUCCACUUGCUUACCACUUCAAAUUUGCAUAAACAGACUCUGAUUCUACUGGUUUAUCAGUUGUAAAGGCUUUUAAAGGCUAGAAAGACCUCAUGUACAAUUUCUUUUCAAUUGUUGAGAUGUUGUUGUUUAUCACAUAUAGUUCAGUAUUAAGCAGACCAAACUUUAUAAUGACUUUUCCUUAUUUCUUUGUACCUUGCAGGGCAUUGAGUCAGUUGUUGUCUUGUCUAGAAAUGUCCUGUUGGUGUAGGGAACCAUACUUUAAUCAACUUAUAUUAAAGCCUCUCUGUUCACAUUUA